AAACGUAAUUAAUUUUUUUAUCAGGAAAAAAUUAAAUGAAAAAAAUAGUUAUAUAAAUAUAGUUAAGAAUAAUAUUAUAUAAUAUAUAAUAUUUUUCCAUUUCAAGGGCCUGCAUUUACUCACAUUAACCACUACGUGGCAUCCAUUAUCUGUCUAUAUGCUUAUUGCACCAUGUAGUUACAUACGUCUUAUGUAUAUAUUAUACAUGUCGUGUAAUGUUACUGUUGUAAUAAUGAAACAAAAUAAAAUAACUACAAAAUAUGGAGAUGACAAAAACACAAGUAACAAACACGUGAACCUCAGAAAUGUAGUAAUGUGGCGGAUGGGAUAGAAGCAUCGUAUCAUAUACUUCCUGUAACUGAUGACGUCACGUGGGCGUCCAUCGCAAAGUGCAGACGCUCACACACACACAACAUUCGCCUGCCAAUUGUUGUCUUUUCAGAAUGAAAAUGCUUCAUUUUAAGGACUUCUUCUGGAGCUCCGACUUGACCUGCACGGGUGGUUAUGACGUCAUCAUCCAGUACCUGAAUGACGGCAGGCGGACGUGCAAAGAGGUGGAGGAGUUCAUCAGGGCCAGGGCGUCCAUUGAGGAAAAAUAUGCCAAAGAGCUCCUGGGUUUAUCCAAGAAGGUGUGUGGACACAAUGAGAUGAACACAUUAAAACGAUCUCUGGACAUAUUCAAAUUACAGACUGAACAUGUGAGUCUGUCACACUUACAACUGGCACAAAGCAUGAGGGAGGAGGCCAAGAAACUGGAGGACUUCAGAGAGAAGCAAAAAGACACGAAGAAGAAGGUGGAACAACACAUGGAGGUUCUGCAUAAGCACAAGAGCUCCCAGCUGAAGAGAACAAUGGAGUCAAAGAGGUCGUAUGAGCAGAAGUGCAAAGAUAAAGAAGAAGCGGAACAGAAUGUGAACAGAGGCAGCAGCAGCACAAAGCACAUGGACAAGCUCUGCGCUAAAGCACAGCAGGCCAAAGUGAAUGCAGAAGAAGCAGACAGGAUUUACCGUCAGAAUGUGACCUUGCUGGCCAAGAUCAGAGAUGAUUGGCUGAAGGAGCACAUCCAGGCCUGCGAGGUGUUUGAGAAGCAGGCCGCUGACCGCAUUGGUUUUGUAAGAAACACAAUAUGGACUCACCUGAACUUACUGUCUCAGCAGUGUGUGAGCGCAGACGAGCUGAACGAGGAAGUCAGGAAGUCGCUGGAAAAGUGCGACAUCCAAGAAGACAUGGAACACUUUGUCAAGCUACGGCGCACCGGGGAAAAACCGCCAGCUCCAGUCCUAUAUGAGAACUUCUAUAGUGGUCAGAGGGUUCCUCCACCUCAGCUACCUCCACCUCUCCUCAGGGCAUGCCCAUCACCCCGUCAACCCGACAACAGAAGGGGUAUGUUGGGUUUUUUUUGUACUUUAGCUUUACUUAUGCUCCUAUUAGAUAAAUGGAUGCCUUGUUGCAGCAGAUACAGUCGACUCAGACAUGCAAGAUGCGGGCUACAGUGUUGUCCACUUUUGAGGGGAUGUACUGCACUGUACUGGGAAACACUCCAUAGAGGCAUACUUGGGAGUAGUUUGGCGUGGAAGGAAGAAGACUGCCUUUGGGAUGAACUAGGGCAGUGGAGGUGAUCUUCAGGUGCAACACCAGUGACAUCUGGAAAAUGGAUUCCCACAGACACAUUCCACAGGGGGGAACAACUCCAUUGUUCCUGCCAUUUUAAUUGAAUGGUGUCCCAAAACUUUUGUACAUAUAGUGUAUUUCAAGGAAUAUUUUCCUGUAAAUAAAAAAUGCUUUAUUCCAA